CAUAAAACAAACUUCAUCAUACACAGUCGAUCACUCUUUUCUUUUACUCAUCAGCCUUCUACAACACAUCAAUCUAUACUUAGUAUUACACUUACUCACACAACACACAACCACAUUCACUAUGCUUUUCAAGACCGUCAUCUUCGCUACCACUGCUUCGGCAACCUGCCUUCACGGCCUCUCCAUGUUCAAGCGUGCUGAGGGUGCUGAGGGCGCUGAGGUUGCCAAAUUUGGUUAUGGUCCUACCAACGGUCCCUUCAACUGGGCUUCUCUCGCUCCCGAGAACGAGGCCUGCAAGACCGGCAAAAACCAGUCUCCCAUCGACAUUGAUGCCACCAUUGCCAAGGCUGCCUACAAGCCCCAGAUCUCUGUCCCCAAGGUCGAUCAGGUCCUCUUCGAGAACUUGGGCACGACCAUUGAGGUCGUAACCAACGGCACCACCACAAUCGGCAACGACUCGUUCCAGCUUGUCCAAUUCCACAUGCACACCCCAUCCGAGCACCACGUCCUCGGCGAGCACUACCCUCUCGAGCUCCACAUGGUGCACCAGGGUGUCGCCGACAACACCAAGCUGGCCGUUGUUGCCCUCAUGUUCGAAGUCUCCGCCGGCAGGUCCUCUUCGAUCAUCUCCUCCCUCUCUUCUUCCCUCUCCAAGAUCGCCACCCCCGGCAGCACCACCAUGAUCAAGGGCGGAAUCAACUACAGCGACGUCAUCUCCACCAUUGCGAGGUCUGACGUCCUCACCUACUCCGGUUCCCUCACCACCCCUCCUUGCGCUGAGGGCGUCACCUUCAUGAUUGUCAAGCAGCCCCUUGCCGUCAGCGUCGCCGACUACACCGCCAUCAAGAAGAUUGUCAAGUUCAACUCCCGCUUCAUCCAGAACACCCUUGGCCAGGACAACAUGCUCCAGGUCGGCGCCGCCUCUGGCACCGCCAACGCCACCAAGCCCGCUGCCCCUGCCGCCAACGCCUCCGAGGUAUGUCCAUAAACAACUGCAUCAAAAACCUGAGACCAAGCCCGCCACCGGCGCCUACAAAGCCGACAUUCGCGUCUCUGUAAACUUGCCUAACAUGCGAGGCUCCGUCCACGCCAAGCGCUCCGCCUAAGCGUCCCGCAAAACCAUCUCCAUAAUCUUUAUAUUUCCUUUAUCUCGAUCUCUCGAUCCAAUUGCGGAGUCCGC